AUGGAACUUGCUGCCGUGUGCGCUGGUGUCAUGUCCUCCUUCCUCUGCCGCCAUAUUCACAAGUUUGAAAAGGUCUGGAUGCUGCCGGCUCCCGGCACAGUCUCCAUGGAGUCUGUCAACAUGAGACACACACUGAGGUGGCGCCCCCCGCAGGCGUCGUGCGGCACUUCAAUCCUCUACUAUGUCCAGUUCCAGGGCGAGUUCGAGCUGACGGUCCAGAACGGCAGAUGGGUGGACGCUCACGAGUGCCAGCGGAUUCGGCACACUCACUGCGACCUGACCUCUGACCUGGGCUCUGACUCGGACUACAACCUCCAGGUCAGAGCGCAGUGCGGGUCGGAGCUCUCGGCCUGGACCGAACUCAGCCGACCUUUCAACCGCAGAGACACGGUGCUGACGGUGCCGGAGAUGAAUGUGUCGGCAGUGGGUGGCGCCCUGCAGGUGUCGUUUGACAAACUUCCUCACAUGGCCGUCGUCAAUGUGACGGUGUGGAAAAAAGGCGACGAGCUGCAGGCUGUUGUCUACAGGAUGCCAGCUGAGCAGAAAAUGCUGCAUGUCGCCGCCCUGCAGGAGGGAGUCGUGUACUGUGUCAGAGCUCAGACCAUCCUGCAACCGCAGCUCCAGAGCAGCAGCACCUACCCCCACUGUCUGUCCCUCACAGGUCCAGGCGCUGUGUGGAAGAGGGCGACCACUGUGACCGUGACUGUCAUCAUCAUGGCGGGUCUCCUGUUCGCCGUGUUCUGGUCCAUCAGUCACUGUCAUCCAGAUGCCUGCCAAACAUAUUUCCAUAAAGAGCCACUGCCCGACUCGCUGAGGCAAACUGAUCUCGACAUUCAAAUCCAGAAGAGUCAUCAGGAGGCGGAGCUUUGUGAGCGGAUCACCAUGGUGCCGAGCAUCGACUCAGAGCGCCAAGCGUCAAAGGCUGAUGCGGGACUCAUGUCACUUCUGGAAGACCGGAGUAGUGAACUUCCAUUCACUGUGGAGUUUGUGGUGUAA